ACAACACACGAAAGGAAGGUGAUCUCAGUUUCCGUUUCUCCUCCAGUUCUUUCACCGUGUCGCGACGUGAAGGAGAUGGGGGAGGUGGUGGUGAGCAGCAGCGACGGCAUGGAGGAGAGGGAGGAGGAGGUGGUCGAGGUCGUCGGCGGCGCCGGCGGGACGGCGGCGGAGAAGCAGGCGGGGAGCCCGGGCGGAGUGGUGAAGUGGGAGAGGUUCUUGCCGAGGAUGGUGCUGCGGGUGCUGCUGGUCGAGGCCGACGACUCCACGCGGCAGAUCAUCGCCGCGCUCCUCAGGAAAUGCAGCUACAGAGUUGCAGCUGUUCCUGAUGGUUUGAAGGCGUGGGAGUUGCUGAAGGGAAGACCUCACAGCAUAGAUCUCAUAUUGACUGAAGUGGAAUUGCCGUCAAUAUCUGGAUAUGCUCUUCUUACUCUAAUCAUGGAGCAUGAUAUAUGCAAAAAUAUUCCAGUCAUAAUGAUGUCCACACAGGAUGCUGUCAGCACGGUGUACAAGUGCAUGUUGAGAGGUGCUGCCGACUAUCUUGUCAAGCCUAUUAGGAGAAAUGAAUUGAAGAACUUGUGGCAACACGUGUGGAGAAGACAAACCUCAACCGCAAGUGCAAGUGGCCGAGAAGAUGAGACUAAUGCGUUGCAGAAGGUUGAAGCGACUGCUGAAAAUAAUGCUACAAGUUGUCAUUCGAGUGGGUACAUGGCUUGUGUCGAGAGAGACAGGGAAUUAAUUGAGAAAGGAAGCGAUGCUCAGAGUUCUUGUACAAAGCCAGACUUAGAAGCUGAGAUUACAGAAAUAGAACAGGUGCCAGAUUUUUCUCGGCCUGGGUGGGACAAAUCUUCUGUGAAUGACAAUAAGAUAGCAAUGCCUGAAGAGAAAGUGAAAUCAACUCAGGAAGAACUUGUCUUGCAAGAGGAUUCUGCUGAUGCAGCUAUGGUGGAUGCCCACAAAUGUUCUCAUGCAUUGACUCAGAUCAAGGAUGCCAGGUCUGAAGUUCACAGGGGGGAUGAAAAUGCUGUCAGUGAUGGGUGUGGUGAUAAUGAUGGAAUAAUGAACUCAUAUAGACAAGCGAUUAACUUAAUUGGAGCAUUUGAGAAUAAUUCACAUGCCUGUUAUGUUGAUUGUCCAUCCAACUAUGGCAUGAGACAGCCAGACUUUUCACCACAUCUGGAUCUUUCCUUGAAAAGAUCUGAUCCUAGUUCUUUCGGAAAUCAAAAAACUGAAGAGAGGCAAACUCUUAAGCAUUCUGAUGCUUCAGCAUUUUCACGGUAUGUGAACAAAUCUUCGCAACCUUUGCGGCCACAGUCAGUUAAUGUUCCUAUUCAGCGGAUGGCACAUGGAAACGACCCUGAUAAAGAGGCUUUGCAUGUUGUUGAUGAUAGUAAUCCUGACACUUCUGUUCCUGUGCAAAGCACUCCAACAAGUAUGAUUGCAUCGGGAAGCACUCAAUCUAGGCAGUCCGAAUACAUCCUUUCGUGCCCUCAGCAGAGUGGUUUUCCGGCUCCCAUUCCAGUGAGAGGUGUCAGGUUUGACAAUCUAAGCACAGAUUAUGGUUCUGUGUUUCCUCGAAUAUACUGUGGGCAAUCAGUUCCCUCACCAGUGCCAAGUCCGAGUACUACUGGCCAGCAAGAUGCUUUCUUCCGCUCUGAAUCACUUCAUCAGUCAAGUUGUGAAAAUAAUAAUUGUGAUCGCAUACAAAACCCCCUCGAUCAAAACACAAGCAACUCCUCCAACCAGAGUAGGUACAAACAGGAGUUUAAGUUUGAUUCGUUGGAGGAUCGAGGACAUAUUUCGCCGGGUACGGACAGGAGUGCAACUAGCAGCUUCUGCAAUGGCACAUUAACUGGGCUUAGUAGUCUCGACUGUGGAAGUAACUCUGGAAGUAAUGGCAAUGUGAAUCAGGUCUCUGCAACGAGGCAUGCUGGUGAGAGCAUUGGUGGAGAUGGUAUUGUUGCUCAAGAUGGAAGCUCCCGACGAGCUACGCAAAGAGAAGCAGCUUUAGCGAAGUUUCGCUUGAAGCGAAAAGAUAGAUGCUAUGAAAAGAAGGUUCGGUAUGAAAGCAGAAAAAAACUCGCAGAGCAGCGUCCUCGAGUGAAAGGACAAUUUGUACGGCAAGUGCCUGCAGAUCCUGCACCCGGAGAAACCAAUCCUUGACAUGGCAUUUUGUCCACAUGUGCAACUGAACUAUCUGCUUUCAAAUGGGAGCCAUGGUCUUAAGAUAGCUGGAUUUAAGACGCAUUUUGAAGAACACCGCACCCAUUUGUGAUUGCUUGGUUAGUAGCGGAAGGACUUCCCAGGAUGCGUCUUCUGACACCUUAUUCUCACCCCUCUUUUGUGGAUAGAGAACAGAGUAAUCUGUAGGAUUCUUUUUAUCAUAGUACUAGAUCUAAGCAAGUCCUUUUCCCUUGCUUUUAGUUCUUUGUUUUGUGAGGUAUUGGCAUAUGUGUUGUAUUUAAUCAGAUAUAUAGGUUGUCCUUUUUUUUUGCAGAAGUUAGGGAUAGGUUCCACGUAUAAAACCGAAUGUGGCUUAUCAACUGGCUGCCGCUUGACACGAUAUGUGUAGCUAGUGUUUUUGUUUAA